AAAUUGUAUCUAACGGAGCUCCCCGAACCCCGGCCUCGUGACCCCCUGAUUGGCUGCCCGGCGGCGGGCCCGGGGGUCUGAUGGCGAACGCCGCCGAGGACGCUCGGCUCUCCAAAAAUUACACUUUCAGAGAACCACGGAAAUGGGAAACGUUCGGACGGGGAGUUGCGGGGGGGCGGGGGGGAGCUGGAGUGUACUGUUUUUUUCUUCCAUAAAGGACUUUCGAAUGGUUCCAAAAUGUGUAUUAAAACUAAAACCGGAGAGGCAGUUUUCUCAAAAAUUGCGAUUCUACGGGGCUGAAAUGGCAAGACUUUUUGUGUGUUUGCCCCUGUUCUCUACUGGUUGAAAACUGACUGUAGUAUCUAGGUUUUUUGUUUUGUUUUGGGGCUUUUUUGUUUUUUAAUUUUAACAAAUUUUUCAGCUUCAGCUACAUGUUUGUUCGAUGCAGAUGACGGGAGAACUGUUUCUUUUAUUUUGAUGAAGAGAAACUUUGAUUUUUCUUAAGGAUGAGCUCCUCCACAUUGUCCAUAAAAAUUGGAUGUAUUUAAAUUUUUAUUCACAUCUAACUUCAGAUACAUAGGAUUUGGUAAUUCAGCCAUUGCUGUAGAUUUAAAACUUGAUUUACAGGAAAUUUACGUUGCUUAAUUUAGGCAGUACAACAGGAUCUUUUAGAAAGACAAGUUUCAAAUAUUGGAAUUGAUAUUAAAUAUAUGUAUGAAUUUUAUUCUCAACAAUUUUUAUCAAAUUGUUUUGACCUUUAGGAGAGAGCCAAUUCUGGAGAACAACCUAACUUCUUUGAUUGAACAUUCACAUAAUGCAUUGGAACAUGAUAGGAGAUUAAGGUUUAAUGAUAGAAUGAAGACCAUAAUAGAACAGUUCCCCUACGUAGCCCAGCAAUUCUUAUGUUGCCUGUAUUUUGACACUGCCACUAUGUCCCCUCCAAAAGUUGCAUCCGACUUAUAUGCCUGGUCUGAUGACUUCUAUCUUUUUAUGACUCCUAAAUUAUGGAGAAAUGGGAAUCGUGAUUUGCUGAAUGAUGAUAAUGAGCUGAUACAUAAAGCAACCAGCACUGCACCCGACCUGUAGCGAUUAAGAAACCAUGUCUACGGUUACGUGGAAGAAGAGAGCCGUGCCACUGGGCUUGCAGCUGCCCCGGCUUUGUGUACCUGCUGCCCAAGCGUGACAGGCUCAAACUGCCCAUGCAGCAGAGGAGGCGAGGACCGUAAUUUAUGCUUUUCUAUACCCAGCCGGGGUGACCUUUUGAAAAGAUUAUAUCCUACCGCUCUCUACCCCCUUCCCUGUUAUUAGGGAAGAGAGAGAAAAAGGGGGAAAAAAUCACGCUCAACGAAAGGAAAACUUUGCAGGUUUCUUUCUUUUUUUUUUUUCUAAGCCUCUAUAAUUUCAGAGAUAACGAUUGAAUAUCCAAAAUAUUCCAUUAAGAAGGGAAAAAAAGUCUGUCUGCAAAUCUACAAUCAUCACUAAAGAUAGAAACUUACCUAAGGCCUGAUGAGAUUGAAGGUAUUAGCCCCUUGGUUUGAAGAAAAUUCCAGAUUCCAUAUAGUUUAGUUGCACAGGGAAGUUCACGCAUCAAAUGGAGCAAAUAGCAAAAAUCAGUUGGCUUCUGAAGAGAAUGAGAGACGCUACAGCAACAGUAAACUCGGCCUUUAGUUGUGCUGUUUCUGUAGUUGGAAAGAAGAAUUGUUGAGAAUAAAGCGAAAUGUCAGAGGCAAUUAAGAUGAUGGUGGCACGUGCUUAUAAUUGUAUCCCCAGGAUUGCGCUGGGCGCCGAGGGCCCUAAUCAAGGGGUUUCCCGUGGGGUUGACGAGACCAGCCUUAAACACAGGAGGUAGACCUGUAACAGCACGUGGCGGGGGCUGUUCAAGGCUCAAGACAGGCCUGCAGGGAGGUGACAGAAACAUCAGGCAAGUUCUCACAGGGGACGUGGGAAAUGCAACAUUUAAAGGUAAUAGGAUUCUGGGCACGCGGCUCGCCCAGCCAGUGGAGCCUGGGACUCUUGAUCUCAAGGUUGUGAGUUCAAGCCCUACACUGGGUGUGGUGAAACCUACUUAAAAAUAAGUAAAUAAAUAAGAAAUAAAGACCGAAGGAUUUGAAGAUGAGAAAGAGGAGCCCUGGAAGUGAGGAACACAGCUCGGGGUUGGAAUGAGCUUCGCUGACGCGGAGUCGGUGAAGAGCAUGGCCUGGCUUGAAAAUAAAGUUUGAGGCCAAAGCACGUAACGUGUGGGACGUCACAAUAAAGAGUUGAACGUCAUCCUGUAAUGAAACGGAAACCACUGAAUAAUUAUUUAUGUGGCACUGAUAAGAGGAAAGCAGAAUUUUAGAAAGGUUGAUCGGAUUAUAGGAUCUAAGAUUUAAGAGAGAAGAAAUUUCCUUUAUUUUGUUUUUUUUUUAUUUUUUUAUUUCCUUUAUUUUGAUACCUCUGAGGUUUGUUGUUGAAAAUCAUAGAUUUUUUUUAAAUGCAAUAAUGUGUACAAAAGUACAGCAUAUAUGGGUAAGUCUUCCUGAACCCUUUAAUACCACAUAAUUGUUCAUUAAGUUCUUGAUUUGUAAAUAAAGUACAAUAUAGAGAGAAUUAAUUAUGAUGUUUUUUCCUAAAAUCCAAUAAGAGAAAAUUACAUGUAUAUAUGUAUGUAGAUUUAUAUGUCAAUCAUAUAUAUAAUUUUUUUAAUCUUAACUACAUUGUAUGCCUAAUUAUUAAUACACUGUUGGCUACAUUUUAGAGUGUGCCUUACUAGAGCUUUAAAAAUUGCUGCAUGUAUAUAUUCUGAAAUGUACUCCUCUGUUUUGAUAUUUUAACAAUGAUUAAUUAUGUUCAAUCGUGUUAACUAAAUUUUGGGGAGAUUUAAUUCCCAUACAUGUAGAACUUUAUUCUUGAUGAAGAGUGGCUCUGUGCGGGCUUUGAGGGUUUUUAAUUCAGGUAAAGUAAUAGAUAUUGUGUAUUUACAGUUGUUUCAGAGUAAUUAAAUUUGUAGAGACUUUAUUCUGGGAUCUUUCUAUUGAGUUCAUCAAUCCUUAUGUGCUCUGUUUUUAUCUUGAAAAAUGUCCAUUUUGAUGAUAGAGUUGUAUAAUUUCAACUUAGAAGAGGACUUUCAUCCUGUUCUAUGGGGUAUUUUUAGCAAUAUUUCUUCCCCAGAUAGAGAUGCCUCAGGGGUGGGGGUUCUGGAGUCUUCAGCAGGUGGAUUCCUGUACCUUCAACACACUCCACGUUAGGUGGAGGCAGCAGCACAUUUCCUAGAGCUUUGGUUCCGAUGAUCUGGAUUUAUCAGGUACCCGUCUUCACAGCAUCGCACAAGGAAUACGUGCUUCCUGCGGGUUUUGUUUUGUUUUAAAGAUGUUAUUUAUUCAUCCAUGAGACAGAGAGAAGCAGAGACACAGGCCAAGGGAGAAGCAGGAUCCAUGUGGGGAGCCCAAGGUGGGACUCGAUCCCGGGACCCUGGGGUCAUGGCCUGAGCCCCCCAGACGCCCCUGCUUCAUGGUGUUUGAAGGGAGCCUGCUCAAGUCUCUCUGACAUCAGAGCACGUGGUAAUAAAUGCCUUGUCCCAAA